UCCAUUUCCUCUUCCAUUUUCGAACCCUAACCCGGCAACAAGCUCCACAAUCGACGCCGGCAGAAGGAACUCCAACGGGCAGAAGGAACUCCCGGUCGCGGAUCGAAGCUGCUGUCAGCGGCGUCGUCAUCUAGUCGUCUGAACUCUGGAGCUUCUGGCGUCGGUGUCGUCUGGUCGCCCUGGUCGUCGGCGUCGUCGUUCUGGAACUCAGGCCUUCUUGCUCUCUGCCACGGCAUAGAGCAUGAGGGAAAUGGGCAAGCGCCGGAAUCUUGAGCAGUGUGUUAUAUAAAGCGUCUGCGUUCAAAACCCUAUAAAGAUUCCAUGAAAUUCACUUUGAAAACUGCAACCACCCAUUUCUUCCUCACUAGAUUCUCACUCUUACGCACACCAACUGUUACGACUAUUCCUCUUCCUCUUCUUAACUAUCCCCUUCCAACAAGAACAACAACAACCACCAUCUCUACGCCGUCGUUUCCAAUUUACUGCGCCUGCGCACCAAUGUCGAUUGCCACUCAGCACAUUCUUCAGGUGAGAAAAAUCGAACUUUCGGACAUUGAGCGCAGAAUCUUCGAUAGGCUUCUCGCCACUCUCCGCCACUUCAACCUCCAAACUCAGCUCCGCGUCGCCGGCGGCUGGGUACGCGACAAGCUCCUGGGGAAGGAUUGCUAUGACAUUGAUAUCGCUCUUGACAAUAUGAUGGGCACUGAGUUUGUCGACAAGGUGAGGGAGUACUUGUUGUCCAUCGGUGAAGAUGCUCAGGGUGUUUGUGUUAUUGAGUCCAAUCCUGACCAGUCGAAACAUUUGGAGACAGCAAGAAUGAAUUUGUUUGAUAUGUGGAUUGAUUUUGUUAACUUAAGGAGUGAAGAGUAUACUGAGAAUAGCCGCAUUCCUUCUAAGCAAAGCUUUGGCACACCUGAAGAGGAUGCAUAUAGGAGGGAUUUGACAAUUAACAGCUUAUUCUACAACAUCAACACUGGCUCGGUUGAAGAUUUCACGAAGAGAGGGAUCUCAGACCUUAAGUCUGGAAGGAUAGUGACUCCUUUACCUCCUAAGGCCACCUUUCUUGAUGACCCUUUACGAGUUCUUCGAGCCAUUAGAUUUGGUGCUAGAUUUGAAUUCACUUUAGAUGAAGAUCUGAAAGUAGCUGCUGCAUCUGGUGAUGUGAAAGAUGCUCUUGCUGCUAAAAUUAGCAGAGAGCGCAUUGGAACAGAGGUUGAUCUUAUGAUAUCCGGAAAUCAACCUGUCAAAGCAAUGACUUAUAUUUGUGAUCUGACAUUAUUUUGGACUGUGUUCAGUCUUCCUCCAGAGUUUGAACCUACUAUUUCAGAUGGAUGUGAAAGACUUUGCAUUGCUUACUUGGAUACUGCAUGGAACCUUGUCCAUUUACUCAAAGAGUCGACCUUUACAGAUGAAGAAAGGAGGUUGUCACUUUUUGCUGCUUUGUUUCUCCCACUUAAAAAUACCACUUACCAAGUAAAGAAAGCGAAGGUGGUUCCUGUUGUCAAUUAUAUUAUUCGUGACUCACUCAAGCGAAAAUCCAAGGACGCAGAAAUGGUGCUUGAUUUACACCGAGCAUCGCAGAAAUUCUUGUCAUUGAUUCCUUGUCUUGCAUCUAAUGAGGGUUUGCAAUCUGAUGAUGUUGAUUGGAUGAGACGAUUGAUUGAUGAUGUCUCUGUUGCUUCCAGAGUCCGGGUUCUAACAGGUUUUCUCUUGAGGGAGCUUAAAGAUUUAUGGAGAGUUGCACUAUUGGUAUCCAUAUUAUUACAUCCCAUUGACAUUAACAACAUUGAGGAUGAAUCCUUACAAUUGCACAAACGGAUAGAUCUAUUUAAUACAGUGGAGACUGCUAUAAUAAAACUAGGCCUCAACAAAGUUUGGGAGGUGAAGCCAUUGAUCAGUGGCAAAGAUGUUAUGAAUGUCUUACAGCUUAAAGGAGGAGGACCACUGGUUAAGGAGUGGCUAGAAAAAUCAAUGGCAUGGCAACUUGCCAAUCCUUCUGGAACUAGUGAGGAAUGCAUUGACUGGUUAAGAGAAGCCAAUUCUAAGCGUGUAAAGUUGGAGUGAUGUCUUUGUCCGUUUCAUACCAUGUCACCGAGAUAGAAAUCCUAAACUCAUUUGCCUUGGAUGGAGGGAGCAUAGCCAGAGUUAGCUGUGUGGACAGCAGAUGAUACUGGGAAUCACUUCAUGCACAUAUGACUUGUGGUUGUGCUGCCGCUUCAAAGUUGUAUGAAGCUCACAAUUUGGAUGAAAAUUUGCCUCACUUGCUGAUGAAGAAAUAUGUGAAUAGGAAUAUAGGAUAGAUAUUUUGGCCUUUCUUUUCUUGUCUAAUUAUAAACUCUUACCUCCUUUAACAUAUUGGUCCAUAUUCGAGGAAGAACAUAUCCCCCUAUUCAUUUAGGCAUGCUUAGCUAGAGCUUUGUCCAUCAUAUAUGGAAGAAUUUUGCAAUGAGUUUAUUUUAGUAAAUGGAGAUAUACUUUUGUUCA